GCCCACGUGUGCGGUGCCAACCCACAUGGCGGCGCUCCUGAAGAAGCUGCUGAGGCGCGGGAGGCCCUCGGCGGCCUUGAGGUGCCAUGUGGGACGGCGCGAGGCCAGCCUGGGCACUCAUCCCGCGGCUGCGGUGCGAGUACGGUUCGCCCCUAGCCCCACAGGCUUCUUACAUCUGGGUGGCCUCCGCACGGCCCUGUACAACUAUAUCUUUGCCAAGAAGCACCAGGGGAGCUUUAUCCUGAGGCUGGAGGAUACAGAUCAGACCCGCCUUGUGCCUGGGGCAGCGGAAAAUAUUGAAGACAUGUUGGAGUGGGCAGGCAUCCCCCCUGAUGAGAGCCCCCGCCGGGGAGGUCCUGCCGGGCCCUACCAGCAGUCUCAGCGGCUGGAGCUGUAUGCUCAGGCCACGGAAACACUGCUGAAGGCUGGAGCUGCUUACCCCUGUUUCUGCUCCCCACAGAGGCUGGAGCUCCUGAAGAAGGAGGCCCUGCGGAACCACCAGACGCCCCGGUAUGACAAUCGGUGUCGGAACCUGAGCCAGGAGCAGGUGGCCCAGAAGCUGGCCAAGGACCCCAAGCCUGCUAUCCGCUUCCGCCUAGAGGAGGCAGCCCCAGCCUUCCAGGACCUGGUGUAUGGCUGGACUCGGCAUGAAGUGGCCAGUGUGGAGGGAGACCCAGUCAUCCUGAAGAGUGAUGGCUUCCCCACGUACCACCUGGCCUGUGUGGUGGACGAUCAUCACAUGGGCAUCAGUCAUGUGCUACGGGGCUCUGAGUGGCUCGUCUCCACCUCCAAGCACCUGCUCCUCUACCGAGCCCUCGGGUGGCAGCCACCUCACUUUGCCCACCUGCCCCUGCUCCUCAACAGGGAUGGCAGCAAGCUAUCCAAGCGGCAAGGAGACAUUUUCCUGGAGCACUUUGCUGCUGUUGGCUUCCUGCCCGAUGCCCUACUUGACAUCAUCACCAACUGUGGCUCGGGGUUUGCAGAGAACCAGAUGGGCAGAACCCUGCCUGACCUGAUAACACAGUUUGACCUGACACGGGUCACCUGCCACUCAGCUCUGCUGGACCUGGCGAAGCUCCCAGAAUUCAACAGGCUGCACCUCCAGCGGCUGGUGAGCAGUGAGACCCAGAGGCGCCAGCUGGUGAGGAAGCUGCAGGCCCUCGUGCAGGAGGCACUUGGGAGCCAGCUGCAAGACAGGGAGAUCCUCAACCCAGCCUAUGUGGAGAGGGUCCUCCUGCUGAGACAGGGCCACAUUUGCCGCCUGCAGGAUUUGGUCUCCCCAGCGUAUUCCUACCUGUGGACUCGCCCUGUCGUGGAUCAAACACAGCUGAGUGCCAUCUCGGAGAAGGUGGAUGUGAUUGCCAAGCGCACACUGGGGCUUUUAGAAAGAUCUGGUACGAGCUUAACUCAGGAAAUGCUGAGUGGAGAACUGAAGAAGCUGUCAGAAGGCCUGGAAGGCACCAAGCACAGUAAUGUGAUGAAGCUCCUCCGAGUGGCCCUCAGUGGACAACUGCAGGGACCUCCUGUCGCUGAGAUGAUGGUGUCCUUGGGACCAAAGGAAGUGCGGGAACGAAUCCAGAAGGUGCUUUCCAGCUAGGGAGAGGAUGUGCGGCAUGGUGGUCGUGGCCCUAGGAACCUCUACCCUUGGAAACUGCCUUCAGAGGAGAGGAGAAGGCUGGAGGCCCAUCAGGAAGCUCACAGAAGGAACUAAAAGUGGAAACAGAAUCGCACUGCACACAGUGCAUUUAUGGCUCCAUGGCAGGCCCGUCCUCGACAAUUGGCUGGGGAAGCCCACCCAACCCAUCUCACCUCCUUGACUCUGGAAGGAAGGGCUUGUGUCUGGUUUUCAACACCACUUUACACAGCAGAGGUUAGGAGUUAGUUCACAGAAAAGUCAACAUCCCAGAGCAGUCCAGAGAGCUUGGGUAUUAGUUUGCUAGGGCUGCCAUAACAAAAUCCCAUAGAGCUAGAUGGCUUAAAAACCAGAGAUUUUCUCACAGUUCUAGAGGCUAGAAGUCUUAAGAUCAGGGUGUCAGCAGGUUUGGUUUCUCCCGAGGCCUCUCAUCUUGGCUUGCAAACAGCUGCCCUCUUGCUAUGUCCUCAAGUGGUCUUUCCUCCAUACACGCACAUCCCUUUUCUUCCUCUGGGUCCAGAGUUCCCAGGACACCAGUCAGAUUAGAGUAUGGCCCACCCUACCAGCUUCAUUUUAUCAUAAUCACUUCUUUAAAGGCGCUAUCUCUAAAUACAGCCACUUUCUGAGGUCGUGGGGGUUAUUUCAACAUAAAAAUUUGGGGCGGGGUGGGGACACAGUGCAGCCCGUAACAGCUCAGCAGCAGUCUGGAGUCGUGGAUCUCAGCUCUAAGGCCCAGUUUGGAUUCAGAGCAGUGAAGGACAGUUGACGCAGCAGGGCUGAACUGCACAGCAGACUUGCUCUGGGUGCUGUAAAGGGAGAAGUUAUGUAUCUGCUGAGGGUAAGCGCUCAGGUUUUAUACUAGUCUUUGUCCUUGGUCCUUGGGGCAGCCUGUGUUUCCUUGCCCUAAAGGGCAUCUCUUCCUGUUUUCCAGUUCUCCAGACCUGGUCCUUGGACUGGAGACCUUCACCCUGCCUAUUUUGUGGCUUUUUCUUCACAUCCACUUCUUCCUUCCAUCAUUACUUGUAAGUUGUCAUCUGUGGAUUUCUGAAAUGAGGUGUUCUUCUUGGGGUCUUUAGUGAAUUGAAAUAGCUAAAGUGAAAGAAGGAUGGUGGUAAGGGACAAAAACCCCUAUAACACUUCUCAGCUUCCCCUGUGUGGCAACCAGCCUCUAAGAUGGCCCUCAAUGAUCUCUGCCUCCUGAUACUCACCCCCUUGUGUGAUUGCUUCCCACAUUGACUAUGGCUAACUUGUGUAACCUGUAGGCUAUCGAGAAAAUGAUAAGAAUUUGACUUGUGGCCAGGUGCGGUGGCUCACGCCUGUAAUCCUAGCACUCUGG